ACGAGCGAGCUCGUCGCCGCGCGGUCCUGGGAGGAUCUGCAUUUGGACCCGAGCCUGCUCAAGGGCGUGUACCUCGCGAACUUUGCAAAGCCCUUCAAGAUCCAGGAGGCGGCGCUGCCGCUCAUCCUCAGCGGGUUCCGCAAGGCGCCCGUGCGCGAGAACCUGCUCGCCCAGGCGAAGAGCGGCAGUGGCAAGACGGCCGCGUUCGUGCUCGGCAUGCUCGAGAACGUCGACCUCCGGUCGCCGGCGACGCAGGCGCUCUGCGUCUGCCCGACGCGCGAGCUCGCGCAGCAGAACGCCGCCGUGACGCGCAACAUCGGCAAGGUCCUCAUCGAGGAGAAGGGCCUCGUCGUGGCCCUGGCCCUGAGCGACAACGCGGGCAAGGGCGCCGGCGGCCGCGGCCGGGGCCGCGCGCCCAAGGAGCCCGUCGUCGGCCACAUCGUCGUCGGCACGCCCGGCCGCACGCUCCAGCUCAUCAAGACGCGCCAGCUCAAGACCCAGGGCAUCACCAUGCUCGUCCUCGACGAGGCCGACGAGAUGGACAUGCGCGGCCACCGCGACGACACGCGGUCGCUCCGCAAGGCGCUGCCCGACCCCUGCCAGGUGCUCUGCUUCUCGGCGACCUACACGGACGAGGUCUGCCGCGACAUCGAGGCCUCCGUCUUCAAGCGCCACCCGUCCUCGAAAGUGCUCAUCGCGAACGCCAAGGACGACGACCGGUCCGAGCUGAUGGUGCGGGAGAUCGCGCACGUCUGGUGCGACGCCAAGGAGCACCCGGGCGGCAAGCUGGGCAUCGUCGAGGACAUCUACGACCUGCUGAGCGCCCAGCAGUCCAUCAUCUUCGUGAACACGCGCAAGGACGUGCACCACAUCGCGUCCGUGCUCACCGCGAAGAACUUCUCCGUCGAGGAUCUGACGGGCGGCCGCGGCGCGGGCGGCAUGGACAGCGCCGAGCGCGACCGCGUCAUGGCCGCCUUCCGCGACGGCAAGGUCAAGGUGCUCAUCACGACGAACGUCAUCGCGCGCGGCAUCGACGUGCCCGGCGUCAACAUCGUCAUCAACUACGACCUGCCGACGAUCAUCGACUACAGCGUGCCCCGCGGCGCGUCGUCCAAGCCGCCCGAGGCCGACUUCGACACCUACAUCCACCGCGUCGGCCGCACGGGCCGCGCGGGCGCCAAGGGCGUCGCGAUCAACCUCGUCGAC